AUGGCUUCCCGAGCAGUGUGGGUCUCAGUGGCGCUGUCCAAUGUCCUUCUUCUCGCUGUCCCCUGCGGUGCGUCCUAUCCAUGUCCGGACAUCUGCAUCUGCAGCGCGCAAACCUUCCAGUGCAACCGGGACACUCAGCUCGCCUCACGGGCUACCGUCAAACCUGGGAAGCUGAGUCUAAGCCACCUGCCCCUGAAGCUGGUCCCCACAUACGCCUUCAGAGACCUGGUCAACAUCACCAUCAUUGCGAUUUCCCAGAGCGACUCCAUCUCUCGGAUCCAGACACAGGCCUUCCUCUCCCUCCACACUGUGUCUCAGAUAUUUGUGCAUAAUAUCAAUAGUCUGCAGUUCAUUGAAAAAGGCGCAUUCACUGACCUGCCAAAACUGGAUUAUUUAAGCAUCUCCAACACUGGGCUUAUUCACUUCCCAGACUUCACCACUCUCUCCUCUCUGGCUCCUAGAUUAAUCUUGGACAUGGCAGACAACAUCUGGAUCCACAUCAUUCCUGCCAAUUCUUUCCAGGGAAUCUCAAAGGAGUCUGUUGACAUGAACCUGGUUAAAAAUGGCUUCAAGGAGAUACAAGCCUACGCAUUCAACGGCACCAACAUCAACUCACUGAUCUUGACGGACAAUAAGUUUCUAACAAAAAUAGACGACGAUGCUUUUGGAGGAGCCUCUGGACCAACUAGACUUGAUGUGUCGUCCACCUCUUUGAUCGCCCUUCCACACAGAGGCCUUGGGCAGAUGAAGGAGCUCAUAGCUACUUCAGCCUACGCCCUGAAAACUCUUCCACCUUUAAAGGGUCUGUCCGAGCUCCUGCAGACCGCUGAGCUCACCUACCCCUCCCACUGCUGUGCUUUCCACACCUGGCGGCGCAAACACAGGGAAAGCCUCUUCAAAAACAUGAGCAAGCUCUGUGAUCUCAUUGAAAUUGAAAUAGAGCCCACUGCAGAUGGAGACAGCAGUAUAAAUGACAUAAACUUUCAGUACGCAGACUUAGAGCUUGGCUGUUCGAACAGCCCUUACAUCAAGUGCACACCCAAACCUGAUGCUUUUAACCCCUGUGAGGACCUGCUGGGAUUCUCCUUCCUCCGCUGCCUCUCCUGGAUCAUCACCAUAUUCGCCAUCACUGGAAACCUGGCUGUCCUGCUCAUCCUGCUAAUUAGCCACCACAAGCUAACUAUAUCAAGAUUCCUAAUGUGCAAUCUUGCAUUCGCAGAUCUAUGCAUGGGGCUGUACUUGAUGCUUAUAGCCUUUAUGGAUAUCCACUCUCGCCAUGAAUACUACAACCAUGCAACUGAUUGGCAGACAGGGCCAGGAUGUGGCAUUGCUGGCUUUUUGACGGUAUUUGCCAGUGAACUUUCAGUAUACACCCUCACUGUAAUUAGCCUGGAACGCUGGCACACCAUCACCAAUGCAAUGCAUGUGAAUAAGCGACUCAAGAUGCCCCAUGUGGCAACCAUGAUGGGUGCAGGUUGGGUGUUCUCCCUCUUGGUAGCGCUACUCCCUCUUGCAGGUGUCAGUAGUUACAGCAAAGUAAGUAUUUGCCUACCUAUGGACAUCGAAACGCUCGGAUCACAGGUUUAUGUUGUAGCAGUACUUAUCGUGAAUGUCAUAGCCUUUAUUGUAGUGUGUUACUGUUACAUAUGCAUAUACAUAAGUGUUCACAACCCAGAGCACUCCACGCGUAAUGGUGACACAAAGAUAGCUAAACGUAUGGCAAUCCUAAUCUUCACUGACUUCCUCUGUAUGGCGCCAAUUUCAUUUUUUGCCAUCUCUGCAGCUUUAAAAAUGCCGCUCAUCACAGUAUCCCAUUCAAAGAUACUACUCAUCCUAUUCUAUCCCAUAAACUCCCUUUGCAAUCCUUUCCUCUAUACCAUUUUCACACGGGCCUUCAGGAAAGACGUGUGCAUGCUUUUGGGGCGCUGUGGAUGCUGUCCCACCAAAGCAGACUACUACAGGUCCCAAACCAUCCCGUCACACAUGUCCAACAUUCAGAAAACAGCCAAGAGCAAAUCAAGUUCACUCAGCUUCUAUGCAUAUCACCUGAAAAUGAAGAAUUGCUUUUUACACAGAGGCACCACAUGA